AGCACUGUACCGAUAAAAGUCCGAGGCAAUUUGACUCGAUCGUAUCGUUUCGUUCUUGUCAAACCAAAUCCUUGUGUAACUACACAAGGAUUUGAAUUCCUUCAACGAAUGACCUUGAAUUCAUUCUCCAUUUACUGACAGAUAUCUGUGUACUCAUGUGCACAUGACAAUUCCAUGUCGGCAGCUGUUGUCUGGGGGGAUGAAGGACUUGCUCUCGUGUAUGAAUCAUGGUACAAAACACGACGCACUCGAACUUGGAUGAUUGCACCUGGGAAUCUUGAAGCAGAAGGGCGUCAUCUUUUUGAUCGCUCAUCAGAAGAUGUCUACGCAGAUCCUGGUUCACCCAUGCUUCGCAGAACUUCUCUUGGAACGUACGUUCUUGCAGGUGUCAAAGAUGCUGAUGGCAAGAAGAGACUGCUCCUGAAUGGAAGUGGCGCGACCCCACAAGGCAAUAUCCCUUUCUUGGAUCUGCUGGAAAUCGAGUCAGGUGAAAAACAGCGAAUCUGGGAAAGCAGCAAGGAGACUUAUUUCGAGACAGUCCUAGCUUUGAUGUCAGAUCAGUUGGAUGGAGAUCUGGAACUGAACAAGUUACAUAUUUUGGUCUCAAAGGAAUCUCAAACCGAACCACCUCAGUAUUAUCUGCGAUCCUGGCCUGAGCAAACUGUCUGUCAAAUUACAGACUUCCCUCAUCCGUAUCCUCAAAUAGCUAAUCUGAAGAAGGAGAUUAUACGAUACGAACGGAGCGAUGGUGUGCAACUUACAGCAAAUUUGUAUUUACCUCCAGCGUAUGACCCGGCUACUGAUGGGCCACUGCUAAUGUGGGCAUACCCAAGGGAAUUCAAGAGCAAAGAUAACGCUGGCCAGAUGAGAGGAUCACCUCAUAGUUUUGCAGGCAUUGGAUCUACUUCAGCAUUGUUGUGGUUGGCUAGAAGAUUUGCUAUUCCGGAUGGUCCGACCAUGCCCAUCAUUGGCGAAGGAGACGAGGAGGCCAAUGACAGGUACGUGGUCUAUCGUAAUUUACUCGCAAUUGUUCGCUUAGUGCCGCUGCAUAUCAUUUACCUUCAGCCGGAGCCCCGAUGUCACAAGGUAUUUCAGUCCUCCAACCAUGAAAGUAAGACAAAUCGGCACUCGGAUCUCGCUAAUAUCGGUUAGACGGCCACAGUGGAGGUGGUUCCUCAUCUGAAUCAAAAUUGAUUGUGCUGAUCUCAGAGUACUUGCGAAACCGACGCGAUGACAUCAGAGACGGAAGUAAGUACUUGCGUGCGUGCGUGCGCGCGCUAUCAUUCGAAAAGAUUCACUUCGGCCCCGAGCCUGGUAUGGUGGUAUAGGAUAACGGGCUGAGUGUAUAUGAGGAAGGGGCUGUCCAGAGCAAGAACGCAAGAACUUGUAAAGCAGACGCACCGAGUGAAGAGAAGAAUG